UUUUAUCUACAUACAUACAUAAAUUCUGUGAUAUAAAAUUAAAACAACAUUAUAGCCUAUUCUUGUGCUCUAACACAAUACUCUUAGUUUGUUUGAAAAUGUUGGAUUGUUGCGGAAAUCAUUUGACAACGUACAAGUUUGACUACAGAACCAGGAAGUCAAAUAAUUUUGCUAAUAGAGCCCCGAAAAUUGAGCAAGCUGAUGAACCGCUUAUAAGCAAUUACUAUUGGUUUCCCUUACAGACAAAUGGCAUCCAAGCGAAAAGCAAAGUAUGGCCUAAAACUACGGUUGGCAUGGAAGAAUAUAAAGAUUUUGUAAAACGUUUGGAGAACUGCAAAAAAGAAUUGUUUAAAAUGUUCUUUAGAUGUCCCGACGUUGACACUAAAUUGAUUGAAAAAAUGUUAAGAGAUUUAGAAAAAAGUACCUAUAUGGUUACCUAUUCACCAAAUUAUUUUUAUUCCAAGAAGGAGUCUCAACGUUUUUUAAGAACAGCACACGAAAAGAGUAACUUGAAAUAUUACGAAACCACAUAUGGUACUUACUACAAUCGCGUAAAAGAACUAGAACGGUUCAAAGAUGUUCUGUAUGGUAUGAUGCCAAAACACGAGAGAGAUAAAUUUCAUGACGAAAUAAAUAAAUUGUAUAUAACGGGAGUAACUACUUAUCAAGUUAGCUACAAUAUUCCUGCAAUUGAACAAUCAAAAAAGAAACAAACCAGGGACGCGCCAAUUGAUAGAUAUACUUUACGUCGAGUAUAAUAGAUGUGUAUAUAUAAAAUUCCUGUAUGUUGGUA